GCUACAAGUGCCACGGCGGUGAUCGCGGACUUUCCCGAGGAACCCGCGGGGACUAGCGCGGUUCUGCAGCCGCACUGGGUGGCCCAAGCAGGAAGCCUGCCUUCUCAUUGAGGGAUCCUGUCACAGAGAUGUGUGAAUCCUUGGAUAAAUUUGGCCUGGUGACGGCAAUGCCUUCUUCAGAGACACUGCUGCUUCCUCCCUGCUCCUUUUCUUCCCUGACCUGAGAUUCCUAGUGUUAAUCCCUGUGAUAAAUCAGAGGGUUUGCCCUUUUCACACUUUCUAGCUACUAGACAUCCUCUGCUUUCCCUCCCCCCUUUCAGGACGACCUGGGCUUGAAGUGUCAACACUGUGGCUGCCAAGGAGAUGGGGGCCUCCGAAGCAGCACUCCUGGUGGUGCAGCCUUAGUUGGUUCUUCUCUGUGCUGCUAUUGGCAGAAUUUCUGGGAGCUGCUGGGGGAUGUCCGGGUAGUUCCAAUGGAGCCCCACCAUCUUGCUAGGAAGAGCGGCCAGGCAGCCUGGUGUGAUGCUGCGGACUGGGGUUCAGGAGGGCCUCCAGCUGACCAGGCAGAUGCAGCAGCCACCAAAGCUGCUCUCUGCUGCCAGAGACACUGCACGUCCCCGCCAAGAGCAGCCGAGGUGGAAGGCUCUAAACUUGGUCCUUCUCCAGCUUCCCCUUCCCCCUCCCCCUCUCUGCAAGACAGCGUGAUCCAGCCAAACUCCUUCCCACCAGGACCUCUCAGCUCAGGGAAUCACCAAAUAGCAGAACGGAAAGUCUGCAAUUGCUGCAGCCAGGAACUAGAAACUUCUUUCACCUACGUGGACGAGAAUGUGAACUUGGAGCAGAGGAACCAGAGCUCCCCUUCAGCCAAAGGGAGUAAUCACCAGGGAGACCUUGGCUGGGGAAAUCCCAACGAGUGGUCCCACGAAGCUGCCAUCUCCUUGAUAUCUGACGAUGAAGAGGACACGAGUUCAGAAGCCACGUCUUCAGGGAAGUCCGUAGACUAUGGUUUCAUCAGCGCCGUCUUGUUCUUGGUCACUGGUAUCUUGCUGGUGAUCAUCUCUUACAUCGUCCCACGGGAAGUGACUGUGGAUCCCAACAGCGUGGCAGCCCGGGAGAUGGAGCGCCUGGAGAAGGAGAGCGCCAGGUUGGGGGCGCAUCUGGACCGCUGUGUGAUUGCCGGGCUCUGCCUGCUUACUCUUGGGGGGGUCGUUCUGUCCUGUUUGCUAAUGAUGUCUAUGUGGAAGGGGGAGCUGUACCGUCGCAACAGGUUUGCCGCUUCCAAAGAAUCUGCAAAACUCUAUGGUUCCUUCAGCUUCAGGAUGAAAACCAGCAGUCAUGACAAUGCCCUGGAGCUGUCCUUGGUAGAGGAAGAUGCUCUGGCUGUACAGAGUUAACUCUGGUUGUGAACUUGAGAGUCUGCCUUGGCAUUUUUUAUAUGAAAACACACACACACACACACACACACACACACACACACACACACACACACACAAACCCCAUUUCUUAAAAUUAACAGUGCAGUUUGUUUGCCUGGCAAGAAAAAUUGAUUUCCCAAACCAAUAGCCUGUGAGUGUUUUUGUUCUCCACAUAUUUUUUAUUUAGAAGAAAAGCCAUGUAAGUUGCAUUAAGAAACCACACUCAGCUACACCUGUCCUUCUAAAGAGCUGAGAUAGAUUAAUCUGUGAUGGCCAUCAACUUCUACUUCUCCAGCAAAAUAUUUCUAAUGGCCCAGUGUACUAAUGAUUUCUUUGAUAAGAUAUAGGAUAUUAUUCUUUGGAUACUAGGAGUUCCCAUACACAGAUCAAUUGUAGACAUCAAUUUUGUCAAAAAGAGCUUAAGCACUAAUCAUAUAAUAUGGUUUAUAGUUAACUAGAGGCCUGGUGCACGAAUUCGUGCACGGGUGGGGUCCCUCAACAUGGC